CGGCGAAAGAACGUUGCUCAGCGCGUGUACCGAAUUUAAAAAUCUAUUGAAAAUAAAUGUUAUUUCUCCACCGAGGAAGACAUUUUAUUCCUCGUUUUACUGGUGUAAUGAAUGCGAGAGGCACAGUGACUGUACAAUUUGGGAGGGAGUUGUCAGGGCAAAAAUCCAUUGGCAUGAAUGUAAAACUAUGCAAUGAACGGGGGCACAAUUGUUAUUUUCUAUUUCAGCUAGAGAGGGUUGCUUAAAAGGGGGGCAGUAUUUUCCAUUUUCGCUUCUACAGAGCACACAGUCUGUUGUUUUAGUAGCGAGUCAAGCAAGCGGGCGCGCGCUGUUGAUGGGGUACUUGAGCUGCAGAUUUGCUCAGCACGCUCACGGAACUUGUCUAUCUGCGCGACAACGUGUUUGGCUGAGUGGUGGCUAAUGGCUGCCAUAGAAAGUGAGAAAGACAACAACAAAUGAAUCCUUGAGAGAAGACGAAAACAGGAAGAGGAUGGUGAGCAGCCAGCCGAAGUAUGAGCUGAUCCAGGAGGUGGGGCGUGGCAGCUACGGUGUGGUGUACGAGGCGGUGGUGAAACGCACUGGAGCCCGGAUGGCCGUGAAGAAGAUCCGCUGCCACAGCCCAGAGAAUGUAGAGUUGGCCCUCAGGGAAUUCUGGGCCCUGAGCAGUAUCCAGAGCCAGCACCCCAAUGUCAUCCACCUUGAGGAGUGUGUCCUGCAGAGAGAUGACCUGGCUCAGAGGAUGAGCCAUGGGUCCAGCUCUCCACUAUACCUAGAGCUGGUGGAGACAUCUCUGAAGGGAGAGAUUACCUUUGACCCCUGCUGUGCCUACUACCUGUGGUUUGUCAUGGACUUCUGUGACGGAGGAGACAUGAAUGCUUACCUGUUGUCCCGUAAACCCAGCCGCAAGACCAACACCAGCUUCAUGCUGCAGUUAGGAAGUGCCCUGGCCUUCCUCCACCGAAACCAGAUCAUCCACCGGGACCUGAAGCCUGACAACAUCCUUAUCUCCCAGGGAAGGACCUUGGCUGGAACCCCCGAGCCGACCCUGAAGGUUGCCGACUUCGGCCUAUCCAAGGUCUGCUCCACGUCGGGCCUUAACCCUGAGGAACCAGCAUCUGUCAACAAGUGUUUCCUUUCCAUGGCGUGCGGCACAGACUUCUACAUGGCUCCAGAGGUGUGGGAGGGCCACUACACGGCUAAAGCAGACAUCUUUGCCCUGGGCAUCAUCAUCUGGGCCAUGGUGGAGCGCAUCACGUUCGUGGAUGUGGAGACCCAGAAAGAGCUCCUGGGAAGCUAUGUGCAGCAGGGGGAGGAGAUCGUGCCCCUCGGGGAGGCGCUCCUGGAGAACCCCAAGAUGGAGCUGUUGAUCCCUGCCAGGAUGAAGAGCAUGAAUGCCGGCAUGAAACAGCUUAUCAGGGAGAUGUUGUCGUUCAACCCUCAGGAGAGGCCUGACGCCUUUGAACUGGAGCUGCGACUGGUCAGGAUCGCCUGCAGAGAGCUCGACUGGGACACGUGAUAAUGGGGGUGGAUAGGAGGGGAGAGGACCAUUGGACUUGUAGUCACAAUGUCAAGAACAUGUAUCUAGGCCUAAUUCACCACUGUUUGCUCUUGUGACGGAGGCAACACAAAUAUAAUUUUUUCGCUCUCUCUCUCCAAGGGAACAAUUCAAAGUCUGCAAAGAUUUUGGCUUUGCAGUUGGAUAUUGGAUCGGAAGUACUGGUAAACCUAGCUCAACAGGUUGACAGCCAGUCUGUAUAAAUUGUUGUUUUGAAUGUUAACAUGGCAACGCUGUCCAUUAGCACAUUCAGCUGUCUGUCUUGCAGAAGGAGAUGCGUUGCUAGCUACCCCACUGCUACUGGUUUAGGUUAACCUGUUAAAGUUGACUCUGUAGUUUGCCUACAAAUGCCACCCCAGACUCUGUGGUAAUAUUCAUACUAAAGUUAUGAUACAGGGAGACUAUCCUGUUAUGAUAUGGAUGCAAUUAUACACACAGGUCCACACCUCAGUGAUCGUAAACUGUGCACGGCUGGUUUUACCAGAAUUCUGUGACCACACCCUGCUCUUCCCUUUCAACAAACAUGCACACGCACACUUCCCACUGCUCAGGUAAAAACGAAGAGAUACUGUUUGUUGAGAUUUGUAGACAAACAGCUGUUUUUGAAGAGAGAGCAACAUGACAUCAGAGGCCUGUGUAUUCUGAGCUGGCCUUGAGCCAAUUAUGGGAAUUAGGCUAGUGGGAGCUGACAGUCUUGGUAUGCCAGUGCAGACCUAACCUAGCAAUUCCCAGCCCAGUGCAGACCUAACCUAGCAAUUCCCAGCCCAGUGCAGACCUAACCUAGCAAUUCCCAGCCCAGUGCAGACCUAACCUAGCAAUUCCCAGCCCAGUGCAGACCUAACCUAGCAAUUCCCAGCCAGCCAGCCAGUGUCAUGAUUGGCCCCGAAUGAAAAUAAUUUGAGGAAUGGAGUGUUUGGAAUGUAAAUUAAAUUAAGUCACAUAACUUAAAGGCCAGAGACAACAAGCUGCUUGUUCUAAAUGCAUAAAGGAAUGUGUUCCUACCCCAAACAACAUCAAUAUAUUUGGCUGAAGAGUCAGUGUUCUGCUUGUAUUAAUAUAAUAUAGAGCUUGAAUUUAGACUUGAAUUCUCACAAUUGGAGGUCAGUUUAGUUAUGAAUUAAACCUGUGUGAACGGUAUGGUUAGGGGUUCUACUUCAGUGGCAAUCAGUUGACGACAAAUGCACUUUUAUUUUGUUUUCCUUUAUCUUAACUUACCCUGCUAUCUAUCACCUUGAGAAGGCUGGAUAUGGUGUGACGACACCAGUGUUUACUAGGGGCCUUGGAGGACGCAUUGUCAAACAAAAAGUCUACUUAUGCAUGCAAUGCCUCGCACCUUCAAAGAGGAAGAGAGAGCGAGGGGAGACACCAGCACAGCACACACACCUCCCUGAGCCCAGAGGCGCAAUAGUUUGACACAAUACCAUUUGUUUAACCUUCUCUUUUAUUUAUUUAUAUAUAUAUAUAUAUAUAUAUAUAUAUAAUUUUAAAAAAAUGAGGGGCAACUACUGACUGUAGUUGCCCCCGUUUUAAUCUCUCACACACACCUCAGUUUACCCUGGCUCGUACUGGUAAUCCCUUUCUCCAUGCUUCCUUCCGACAGACCCAUACUAAGCCUAUUUAGGCUUUUGGUAUAGUUGAAAGACGUACAGGAAGGCUCAUCUCGGGAUCCCGGCUUAUCGCCUUGCAAGUCCAAACUUUCUGCGCUUCUAACAGUUGUGGGAGCGUAUCAAUACCAUAAAAUGUUCAUCUGAAAAUGUAGUUUGAGUGUCAUUCUUAAACCGUGGCAGAACUUGUAAAAUGUGUUUCGUACGACCUGGCUGUCGCCUGCAUUAUUACCUUUUUAAAAUGUCUUCCAUUGCCAAAAUACUCGUCUUUCAUGAUGUUAACAUACUUUAUGCUUUAUUUGAAUAUCUCCACACACUAGCACGUAUAGCACUAUAUUGUUUGAUUUUUGUGUCGGCCAGGCACAGUUUUGUUGAGAAUUUUGACUUUGGGGUUCUUAUCUCAACUAUUUUACGCCCAUAAUGUUAGCACGGAUUGUGCUUUUAGAUGAAUCUUUUAUUAAAGGGGCAAUCAGUUGCUACAUCCAUUUUUGAACUUAUCAUUAAUUUAGAAGUACCCAUUGAUUCAUGAAGAAUAUAAAUUGAUGCCUCAUGAGUUUAAACUGUUGUACCCCAUCAGAAUGCAAAAUACACUGUACAAAACAUUAGGAACACCUUCCUAUUAUUGAGUUGCACCAUCUUUUGCCCUCACAAUUUCAUUGUGGCAUGGACUCUACAAGGUGUCAAGCAUUCCACAGGGAAUGCAACUGAAUGACUCAUGCUUCCCACAGUUGUGUCAAGUAGGCUGGAUGUCCUUUGGCUGGUGGACCAUUUUUGAUGCAUGGGAAACUGUUGAGCUGUGAAAAACCCAGCAGUGUUGCAGUUCUUGACAUUCUCCAACUGGGGCACCUACUACCAUACCCCGUACAAAGGCACUUAAAUCUUUUGUCUUGCCUGUUCACUCUGAAUGUCACACAAUCCAUAUCUCAAUUGUCUCGUGGCUUAAAAAUCCUUCUUUAACCUGUCUCCCCUUCAGCUACACUGAUUUUGAAGUGGAUUUAACAAGUGACAGCAAUAAGGGAUCAUAGCGUUCACCUGGUCGGUCUGUAAGCACAGGUGCUCCUAAUGUUUUGUGCACUCUGACUAUAUACUGUAUAUGAGCUACUACAGAGGUUAAAGGAGGAGGCUCAUGGACGUGACUGGAUUACUACGUUCUGUUUUCAAGGGCCUUGACAGUGAGUUGUAUAUUUGCUGUGAUGUUUAUUUUUUUUUUCAAACAGUUGCUUCUGUUAUCUUCUGUCAUUGAUACAGAAGUGUGUUUAUAAUUACAGUUGGAUACUGUAUUGGUGUGGUGGUAAUUGUCUUCAUUGGCUGAAGUUGGUUUGUGUGACAAGAUUGGGUACACACAACCGGGGUCAACAACUCAAACGUCUUUGCUGCUUCUGAUGAGCUUGACAUGGGGAAAGAGCUUGUUGCCUGAAAUAUAAUCCUACCAGACUCAGAUGUGUCAUCUUUGGUGAAAUCUGCGUCCCAAAUGGCACCCUAUUGCCUAAGUGCACUACUUUUGACCACAGGCCCUGGUCUAACAGUACUAUAUAUAUUAUGGAAAAGGGUGGAUUUGGGACACGCAAGUGCCCUAUUCAGAACAGGACCCAUUACAAAGAGAAACCUCAUCAGUUGAAAAUAACCAAGCACCAGUGUACAUUACAACCAGGUGUGUGGGGGGAGGGGCUCAAACUUUUCUAUGAACAGUAUUUCCUUUGUAUUUCAAUGUAAGAUAUUUUUGAAGAGAUUAAAUGAAAUGGAUCAAUA